AUGGUGCCGAGUCUUGUUGAAAGGUCCAAUGAUUUCUACCAAAUUGUUUACGUGCCCAAGGUGACGUCACUAACAUCGUUGGACACAGGUGUCCGCCCCGCGCCAAGUGGAGCAGCGUACGUGGCUGAACGGAACACAUGUCUCAACUUGUUCUCAAGAUGGAACGAGACGGACCAGGUGGAGUUCGUAGAACAGCUCUUGGCGCGAAUGUGCCACUACCAACAUGGUCACAUCAACGCCUACCUCAAGCCGAUGCUUCAGCGGGAUUUUAUCAGCAUGCUACCAAAAAAGGGUCUAGACCACGUAGCCGAGAACAUUCUAUCCUACCUAGACGCCAGCUCGCUCUGCGCCGCCGAGCUGGUCUGUCGCGAGUGGCAGCGCGUUAUAUCCGAGGGUAUGCUGUGGAAGAAGCUGGUGGAACGGAAGGUUAGGACGGAUUCUCUAUGGCGUGGCCUCGCGGAAAGGAGGGGGUGGAUAAUGUACCUGUUCAAACCGAAGCCCGGCUGCCAGCAUCCAUCCCACUCGUUCUAUCGUCAGCUUUACCCUAAGAUCAUACAGGACAUUCAGUCGAUAGAGAACAACUGGCGUAUGGGAAGACACAACUUACAGAGGAUAAAUUGCCGGUCAGAAAACUCAAAAGGCGUCUACUGUCUGCAGUACGACGACAACAAGAUAGUGUCCGGAUUAAGAGAUAACACAAUAAAAAUAUGGGAUAGGAAAACAUUGCAGUGCGUCAAGGAGUUGCAGGGCCACACGGGCUCCGUGCUCUGUCUACAGUACGAUGAACGAGCCAUCAUCUCGGGCUCCUCGGACAGUACAGUGCGUGUGUGGGACGUGGCCACGGGCAACAUGCUCAACACCCUCAUACACCACUGUGAGGCCGUGCUUCACUUGCGCUUCUGUAAUGGGAUGAUGGUGACCUGUAGCAAGGACAGAUCGAUAGCUGUGUGGGACAUGUCUUCCACAACAGAAAUUAUGUUAAGGCGAGUGCUGGUGGGCCACCGCGCAGCCGUCAAUGUCGUGGACUUUGACGAGAAGUACAUUGUCAGCGCCAGCGGGGACCGCACCAUCAAGGUGUGGAACACAUCAUCCUGUGAGUUUGUUCGUACCCUCAACGGUCACAAGCGUGGGAUAGCUUGUCUUCAGUACCGGGAUAGACUGGUCGUCUCUGGCUCCUCGGACAACACGAUCCGACUGUGGGACAUCGAAUGUGGCCAGUGCAUCCGAGUGCUAGAAGGCCACGAGGAACUCGUUAGAUGUAUAAGGUUCGAUAAUAAGCGCAUCGUGAGCGGCGCGUACGACGGCAAGAUCAAGGUGUGGGACCUGCGCGCCGCGCUCGACGUGCGCACGCCGCACCAGGACCUGUGUCUUCGCACGCUCGUGGAGCACACGGGCCGCGUGUUCCGGUUACAAUUCGACGAGUUCCAGAUAGUGUCGUCGUCCCACGAUGACACCAUCCUGGUGUGGGACUUCCUCAACUACGGCGGAGCCUCGCCCGCCGCGCCGCCGCCCCGCCGCGCCUCCGCUGAGCUCGAGCGACCCUUCUACGACUAGGUGGGCGACGCUCUGUCAUGUAGUACAGAUAAGUAGCCAGCGAGUUACACUGUACAGUAAAUUUCAGAUUAGAAAAUAACAGUUAGUGAACAAGCCCAAUCAAUUGUAGUUAUUUAUAU